AUGCACCACACCACUCCACCAGACACUUGUUCGAGUUUGUCUGCUGCGAUCGAGUCGAUUGCAGGGAAUGGCCUCGAUGGUCUCCAUGCUGCAGCUAUCGCCCUGCAAAGACCCGACGGACACAUCCAGCUAGAAUUCGCAGCCGAAGACGCCAUCAAUCUACAGCCACCUCGCCCAAGUAAUGCUCGUCCAGAUCAACUCCAGUCGCUACCUGACCCGUCAAGCAAAUCGUUCACGGUCGAUGGGGAUACUGAUGAGCUACUCUUAAUCCCACCACUGAUGAACAUUUGCAUCCUCAUCGUUGGAACUCGUGGAGAUGUCCAACCGUUUCUAGCUAUAGCACUGCGACUACAGGAAGAUGGACACCGUGUCCGACUGGCCACCCACGCUGUGUACCGAGACUUUGUGAUGAGCCACGGUGUGGAGUUCUACCCACUGGGAGGCGAUCCGAAAGAGUUGGCUGCUUACAUGGUCAAGACGGGUGGUAAUCUAAUUCCCAUGAAGAUCAAAACGUUGACCGAAGACGUGCCGCGCAACAUGCAGAUGAUCAACGAAAUUGUCUUCUCCACGUGGCCUGCGGUAUCCGAACCGGAUCCGGACGGAGAGGGCCCGGACGUUCCUGGUCCACCAUUUCGAGCCCAAGCCAUCAUUGCCAACCCUGUUUCGUAUGGACAUAUUCACGUGGCUGAACGUCUCGGCGUCCCGCUCCACAUCAUGUUCCCCCAACCAUGGGUACCUACCAUGGCAUUCCCACAUCCACUAUCGAAUUUGGCGUACACUGGUAAAUGGCAGAAGAGGAACUACCUCUCCUACAAACUUGUCGACUUGAUCAUGUGGCAGGGAACAGAAGGGGUCAUCAAUGAGUUUCGAACGGAGGUACUGAAGCUGCAUCCGAUCCGCAAUGGAGAUUCAGGUUCCGAGUUACUCUUGGACUUGAAUAUUCCGCACUCAUUCAUGUGGAGUCCUCAGCUUGUACCAAAGCCAUCAGACUGGGGAGAUUUGUACGAUGUCAUUGGCACUGUGACGCUGAAGGGGCCAGCAUCCGAGUACUCUCCAUCUCCAGAACUUGAGGCUUUUCUUGGUAACGAUGGAGGUCCUAUCUUCGUCGGCUUUGGCUCCAUGGUGUUAGCCGACCCUCUUGCGACUACGAAAAUGAUCAUUGAAGCGGCCACACACGCGAAGAUGCGAGUACUGAUCCAGUCGAGCUGGAGUGAUAUGGCUGGCGAUAUUGACAUUCCAAGUAACGUCUUCUUUAUCGGCAAUUGUCCUCACGACUGGCUCAUGCCCAGAGUAUCUGCUGUUGUUCAUCACGGUGGCGCUGGCACCACAGCCGCCGGGUUACUCGCAGGAAAGCCCACCUUCAUCGUGCCAUUCUUUGGAGAUCAACCGUUCUGGGGUCAAGCUGUAGUAAGUGCUCGGGUAGGAGUACCGCCCUGCCCCAUCGCCCAACUUACGACUGAAAUAUUGCAUAAUGCCUUCGUUGAGCUUGCCAAUCCAGACCUGCGUAAGCGAGCAGAAGCCAUGCGUGAUCUAAUGCUGCGAGAAGACGGUGCUGGAGAAGCCGUACGCAGGUUCUAUCAUCAUUUACCGACGCAAGACAUGUGGUGCGACUUGGAUCACCAACGUAUCGCCAUGCAAUGGAGCGUUCAUGACCGGAUUAAGCUUUGUGACCGCUGUGCCUUCAUCGUACGAGAGCGUCCAGAGAACCAAAAGAAGAAAUUCGUUCGCUACCACUGCGUCGAUUAUUCCGCUCGAGGUCCCAGUUCGCUGCUGACAGGAGUUGCCACAGGCGCCAUCGUCUUCGCACACGAGUUGACUGGAGGGUUAACAGGUGUCUUGCUUCAGCCAGCAAAAGGAUUAAUUAAUGGCGGUGUUGUCGGUGCUGUCAAAGGAGCGGUCGCAGGUGUGUACUAUUUGUUGGUUCGACCGGUCCACGGUGCUGUGCUCUUCGCUGAUCGCGCAGUGGCCGGCCGAAAAAAUUCCAAGCGAGAAGAAGGCCACCGCAAGCUGAACAAUGUCUUCGAUCGUCAUCUGAUGGCAGCCUUGGGGGUACAGGAUGGCUUGGCAGACACGUUUUGCGCUGCCACUAGUCCAAAUGCAGUGGAUAUCGUGAUUUUCGCGCGCAGAAAAGACCGCAAGAAGAUGUUGGGGAGGAUGAGGCAGUCCGUGAGGCAUCGGUAUAGUGCUCGCUACGAGUCCAUCUUGUUGUCCCAGCGAGCUGAGAAACUACAGGCUUGCAUGCAGCAGUUGCUCUAUCCAACCAGUGCGGAAAGCUCAGGCUUAAACAAACAGCGUAGAGCUUCUGGUUCAGCAGUACAACCACUUUUUCGUCGUGCUAGUAGCAGAACUAUGUCGGACAGAAGCGUUGCGUCCGUUAGCUCAUCUGUUGAAGAUACCAGCUCGGGGGCACGGAGCGAACCAGCUAUAAAACUCCGCCUGGCUCGCCUUACGUCAGCCGGGACGGUCAAACUGACCCUUGAUAUUCCAAGCGAAUCGGCAAACGCUGUAGAUUUAUCAACCAUCGCGGAAUGGGAGGCAUACACUUCAUCUCACGUAGACACCACCGAGUCGGCCCAACAAGAUGUAAAGAUCAAAAAGUCAAAGCCGUCAACCCCACGAAUACCACACAUGAAUGUGUGUCUUGCAGCUAUCGGCACAUGGGAUAACGGAGUGAAGCAGUUUGUGGCCAUUGGGAUCAAGCUCAAGGAACAGGGACAUCGCGUGCGUGUUGCACCUAACGAACGCUUUCGCACUGAGAUCAUGUUGCGCGGUUUGGAGUUUUAUCCACUUGCUGGGGCACCCGAAAGUGUUCAGGAUUUUGCCAAGUUUGUGUACGAAAGUCAAAACGCAGCGCGGGCGGCAGUUCCUGGUCGUCUCGGUACAGGCGCCAUUCAAGCCUUCAAGGAGCUUAUUUACUCGCUGUGGCCAGCAGCGUAUGGAUCGGACCCUCAUGGCGGCGGUGCAAACAUUCCUGGAGUUCAUUUUCGCGCAGAUUCACUCUUUUGGCAUCCGCUGCUGCUUGGUCACGUUCACGUAGCAGAACGACUCGGGAUUCCACUUCAAUGCGCGAGUUUGGAUCCUCUCUCCCCGACAUACUCUUUUCCUCAUCCUCUGAGCUCCAUCAACGGCCUUGAACCGGCAAUCAUGACCUUGAGUCAGAGCAACUUGCUGACGUAUGGCGUUGUUGACACCACACUCUGGCACGGCGGUGUACAAGAAGUGUUGACCCAGUUUCGCGCCUUCAUUGGUCUCAACAAACGUUGCGAUCUACCUGAUCCUUUGGUUCGAUGGGAUAUUCCCCACAUUUACCUUUGGAAUCCUGCGCUUCUACCGAAGCCACUGGGCUGGGGAGCGGAGUUAUCAGUUGUUGGCCAUGUCAUGCUCGGCAAUACUGACGGCCUCAGUCGAAGCAAACGUAAGAAGCGCGAGAAAGAGGGCAAUCGCUUCAAGUGGCCCAGCCAGCUCGCUGAGUUCGCAUUUGAGACGCCAUCACCUCCAGUCAUAUACUUUGGCGUAUCAACGCGAGCCAUGGCACGUGAUGAUCUCGACGAAUUAUUGCAGAACAUCGACGCUGCAGCCACUACCUCAGAGCACCGAGUACGCAUCAUCUUUCAGACUCGCGAGGUAGGCGACAAAAGUCGAGCACCCUACCGGUCUGCCAGUGUCCUUCAGGUUCUCAGCGAUCUCGAAUACGCACGCUUCUUUCAAGAGCCGAACGUGGUUGCAGCAAUCCACUGGGGAGAACCCGACAUCACUGCAGAAGCUCUCUCGGCUGGUAAGCCCGUAGGCAUUUGCGGUACACAUUCAUUGCAGCACUUCAUGGCCUGCGUGUGUGAGCAUGCUCAGGUUGGUCUGCCACUGAUAGACUGGAAGACGUGCACAGUCAAGUCGCUGGCUUUGAGUUUCAGGGAUCUCCUGAAGCCUGAACUCCGAGAUAGAGCCAAGACUCUUUCAGCCACAUUCGAUCGAGAACAGCCAGUCAAUACCGCAGUAAAGGCAUUUUACGCGAACUUACCACUCGAGGCGAUGCGCUGCGACGUGGAUCCCAGCAAGCUGGCACGAGUGUUUGACCCACCCCACACGCUCAAGCUCUCACUUCCAGUUUACGUGGCGAUCCGCGAUAAAACGAAGGUUUUUGUGCCGUACAAGCCACUUCGGUUCGGAGGCAGCCUUCCCCCGACAUUCUCCAUACUCGGCAAUCCGGUAAACGUAUCUCACCAAGCCAAACCUUUCCGCCAGGUUGAUGCUGUCCGCCAAACCCUGGAUCUUCUUGAUGAUAACGGCCAUCGGCUGAGCAGUAGGACAUUAAGCUGCACUUCGAUCGUGUCUAAUCCCGGAAGUCUUGUCGCCACUCCAGAGCAGAUCGAGAUGUUUUGGUCUUCUGAAGAAGAGGAAGCCUCAGCGCGUAAGGCCACCACUGUAGCUUACGAACGUCUCGUUAAGAAGCCGCAGCGCACCACCAAACGAGAAGCAGUCAUGCGCUUCUUCAAAUUUCGGAAGUCAACACAGCGUCGAGAAGCAGAACAGUUAACCAUAGUAGAGUAAAUAAUCACUAAUGUAACUCGUUCCCAGUCCCUAGGAAAGCACAGUAACCAAACAAAUUCAGUCCAUAAACCUACAAUGAAUUGAAUAAAACGAAUCUAUUCCGAGUG